ACUUCUCCCUUACUAAGGGUACCCCUCCUUAUUCCUAACACAGAUAUACAAUAUUCCCAUGUACCGUAACAUUUCCUGUACAGUCGGUGCAAUAUCUUUGUUUCGUAGUCAAUGAAUCUAUAAUAAAAGUGUUUAAUUCUGUUAAAUAUAAUAUUGUUUGUUUAUUCAAUGCAUGCAAAUAAUAGGAAAGUGAUGUCAAUUAAAGCAGGAAAUUUUAAGUUCAAAUAACCUAUUAUUCAUCCUAUUCAUGAUAUAUAUACGUAUAUUUCGGGUAUCUUGCCUUCUGUCACAAUACGGCGCCUGUUAACUUGGAAUUCAGUUUCUGAUCCUUCUUGAUAAUAUUUGAAGACAGCACGCAACGAUAUUAACGUCUUCUUACCGUCAGAUUGAAUUAAUACGAAAAAAUGUCUAGUGAAAGCGUAAAAACGUUUGCUAGUCUUGAAACACCUGGAUAUGUGGGAUUUGCAAAUUUACCUAAUCAAGUCCAUAGAAAAUCAGUAAAAAAAGGAUUUGAAUUUACAUUGAUGGUUGUUGGAGAAUCUGGUCUUGGAAAAUCUACAUUAGUGAAUAGUUUGUUCCUUACUGAUUUAUAUCCAGAACGUAUAAUUCCUGAUGCUAUAGAGAAAACUAAUCAAACUGUUAAACUUGAUGCCUCAACUGUGGAGAUUGAAGAAAGAGGUGUCAAACUUAGAUUAACUGUUGUUGACACCCCAGGUUAUGGAGAUGCAAUUGAUAAUACAGAUAGUUUUAGAGCUAUCAUACAAUAUAUAGAUGAUCAAUUUGAAAGAUUUUUACGUGAUGAAAGUGGUUUAAAUAGAAGGAAUAUAGUAGAUAAUAGAAUACACUGUUGUUUUUAUUUUAUUUCUCCAUUUGGACAUGGACUAAAACCUUUGGAUAUAGAAUUUAUGAAACAACUUCAUAAUAAAGUUAAUAUUGUGCCAGUGAUUGCAAAAGCUGAUGUACUUACAAAGAAAGAAGUACUGCGUUUGAAAAAACGAGUUAUGGAAGAAAUUGAAGGUAGUGGUAUAAAGAUUUAUCCUUUACCAGAUUGUGAUAGCGAUGAAGAUGAAGAUUACAAAGAACAAGUUAGACAACUAAAAGAAGCAGUUCCAUUUGCCGUAUGUGGAGCAAAUACCUUAUUAGAAGUAAAAGGACGAAAAGUACGUGGACGACUGUAUCCAUGGGGUGUAGUAGAAGUUGAAAAUCCAGAUCAUUGUGAUUUUAUAAAACUAAGGACAAUGUUAAUCACACAUAUGCAAGAUUUACAAGAAGUAACUCAAGAGGUACAUUAUGAAAAUUAUCGCAGUGAAAGACUAGCAAAAGGAGCUCCUGUGCCACCUCGGAGACAAACGAUUGCAGAAUCUGAAAGAAGCAAUUCUGUAUCGGAGAAGGAUCGUAUUUUACAAGAAAAAGAAGCUGAAUUACGACGAAUGCAGGAGCUAGUGGCUGUAAUGCAGGCGCAAAUGCAACAACAACAACCUUAAUUAUAUAUGCUUUCUGCACAAAUGUGUGAAGAAAAAUUAAUUCUUCACCAUUACAGGUGCCAAAAAGUUGUAUUAAAUGAUUAAUUAAUUAAUGCUAUUCAAGACAAUUUAAACAUAAAUUUACAAUUUUCAAGAAUUUAUUUUUGACAAUCUUAAUCAAGAAAUAUAUGUUUUUUAUUGAAUA